GGCAGAAUCACCUCGAUGCUGAUUUCUUCUCCCAAGGGUGGGGAAAGGGAAGUGCCCCCAGCCACGCUACAAGUGGGUGAAACCAUGGCAAGUCCCGCAAAGGACAAGGAUAACUAUCGAAUGAAGAGCUACAAAAACAAAGCCCUAAAUCCUGAGGAAAUGCGUCGGAGAAGGGAAGAGGAGGGGAUCCAACUACGCAAACAGAAACGAGAGCAACAGCUGUUUAAAAGGAGAAAUGUGGAACUUAUUAAUGAAGAUGCUGCCAUGUUUGAUAGCCUUCUCAUGGAUUCCUAUGUCAGCACUGCCACAGCUGGGGAGGGAGUGAUCACAAGAGAGAUGGUAGAGAUGCUUUUCUCAGAGGACCCUGAUCUACAGCUAGCAACCACCCAGAAAUUCAGGAAACUGCUCUCAAAAGAGCCGAAUCCUCCAAUAGAUGAAGUGAUAAAUACUCAGGGAGUUGUGGACAGAUUUGUUGAAUUCCUGAAGAGAAGUGAAAAUUGCACACUACAGUUUGAAGCGGCGUGGGCUUUGACGAAUAUUGCAUCGGGAACCUCCCAACAAACAAAAAUAGUCAUUGAUUCUGGAGCAGUUCCUAUCUUCAUAGAGCUGUUAAACUCCGACUUUGAGGAUGUUCAGGAACAGGCUGUCUGGGCCCUGGGGAACAUCGCUGGAGACAGCUCUGUGUGUAGAAAUUAUGUCCUCGACUGCGCUAUUCUUCCUCCCUUGUUACUGCUCCUCACCAAGUCCACCAGGUUGACAAUGACUCGAAAUGCCGUCUGGGCCUUGUCAAACUUGUGCAGAGGGAAGAAUCCACCACCUGAAUUUGACAAGGUAUCUCCCUGCUUGCCGGUGUUGUCCCGAUUAUUAUUCAGCAGUGACUCUGACUUGCUGGCAGAUGCCUGCUGGGCACUCUCCUACCUAUCAGAUGGCCCCAAUGAGAAAAUCCAAGCAGUAAUAGACUCUGGGGUGUGUCGGCGACUGGUGGAGCUGUUAAUGCACAAUGAUUAUAAAGUGGCUUCCCCAGCUUUGCGAGCUGUAGGCAACAUUGUGACAGGUGAUGACAUCCAAACCCAGGUGAUCCUGAACUGCUCAGCUCUGCCUUGCUUGCUUCAUUUAUUAAGCAGUCCCAAAGAGUCCAUCCGGAAGGAAGCUUGCUGGACUAUUUCUAACAUCACUGCUGGAAACAGGGCUCAGAUACAGGCAGUCAUAGAUGCCAACAUUUUCCCAGUGCUGAUUGAAAUCUUACAGAAAGCAGAAUUCCGCACGAGAAAAGAGGCCGCCUGGGCCAUUACAAAUGCAACAUCAGGCGGAACCCCAGAGCAGAUCAGGUACUUAGUAAACCUAGGCUGCAUUAAACCUCUGUGUGACCUGCUGACUGUCAUGGACUCCAAGAUUGUUCAAGUGGCCCUGAAUGGCCUGGAGAAUAUCCUGCGGCUCGGGGAGCAGGAGGCCAAGCAAAGUGGUACAGGCAUCAACCCUUACUGCAGUCUUAUUGAGGAAGCCUAUGGAUUGGAUAAAAUAGAGUUCCUGCAGAGCCAUGAGAACCAGGAAAUAUACCAGAAGGCCUUCGAUUUGAUUGAGCACUACUUUGGAGUAGAGGAUGACGACUCAACUUUGGCUCCCCAGGUAGAUGAGAACCAGCAACAAUUCAUCUUCCAGCAGCCUGAGGCCCCUAUGGAAGGCUUUCAGCUAUAAUCUCUUCAGAGGGGGAAGAACACCAUGAACUUGCCCAAAAUCAACUGGGAGCAGCCAGAGUUAUUGUCCCAUUUUUUCCCCUCCUUACAAACGGAAGGCGCAAACACUCACGCCACCCAUUAGGAAAUGAUUCCUCCUUCAAGAACAGCUAGAAGCAACGCUUUGCUCUCAUGGAAAGAAGGGGAUUUUGUUUUGUUUUUUACAGUUUUGGUUUCAUUGUUUUUUGCUGCUGCAUACAUGUCUUUAAAGCAGGCACCAAGGUGGAGGAAGGACACGAAGGUAACAAAUUGCACCUCUUAGUUUUAAUUUGUGGUGAUCUUUCCCAAAAUAUUGUGUCAUUUGUUACCUCGGGUACUUAAAUGAAAUUUCAGUGGGGUGGGGUGGGGGGAAAAAUCAAGUUAAGCAUUCUCUUCUGACAUUAAUCCUGGAAGCUAGGGUUGAUCUAUUUAAUUUUUUUGCACAUCUUACUCUUUUUGUUAAAGACUCUAAAUCUGCCAAGAGCAAAGUUUAGCCCCUCACCUUUUUGCAGCUCUCCUUUAGUGGACCGCGCCAUUGGACAUGGGCCAAGUUCCCCUUGAAACAUACUGUAAAUGGACAAAGGAGAAGUGGGAAGACUCUUCCUGGGGAAGGAUUUUUUCCCUUUGUUUAAAAAUAUUAUUUUUCUUAUUUUUUGGAAGAACUGCUAUUGGUAUUUAUAUAAAAAAAGCAACAAAACCCCAAAAAUGGUAAUUGUGAAGAGGUGGGGCAGCUGUUUAGGUGGUCUUUGAAAAGAGGAAGCACAGCUGCCAUGCAUGGGCUCCACUUGCAUUGCUACUGAUUGAAGUCACAGAACUGUUGAAAUGGAGCAACCCAUCUUCAUCUUUACUUGAAAAUUGUUUUCAUGAAAACGUAUUAAGAUUUGGAUUUUUUUCUGAAUGGACGGGGUGGGGUGGAUUGUUAUACGGGGUGGGAGGAAGGAGGGCAUAGCUACACUUGACAGGAGCAUUGUGUGCGGUGUUAACUCCAGUAGCAAAGGACCUGAGUUUUCAGGAUUACUUUCUGCUCACAGUUGGAUCAUGUACAUUUUACUUCAAAAGGAAGAGUCAAAGCUCUGUAUUUUUUAUAUAUUAUAUAUAGGUAGAUAUUUGUCUAAUUGGGCUUCAGAGAAAAAUAUAUAUGAAAUUUCUGUAAUUUAUGUAAAUAGAAUACUGUGAGGCAGGUACACCUGGAAAUGAUGGUCUAUGAACUCACUCACUGGUGGUCCUGCUUCUUUUCCUGUUUACUCAUGUACUGUACAAGCAAACAUAGAUUUGUCUUAAACUCCUUUUCCAGAUUGAGUUUACUUAGCCAAGAGUGAUAUGAAAUGCAAUAGGCUAUGGAGAACACAAUUCAUUUUGGGAUUUGAGGGAAGGGAGGGGGAAAAACACUGUUCACUGAGGUGUCCAGAAGACUCUCAUCCUGUACAUCCCUUCCCAGUUCUUGCCAUCUGAAGCAAGUGCAAGUUUUGACGCCUUUGGGACUAGAAAUUUCAAGAGGGUAAAAAAAACAAAACCAAGCUUGGUGCCAGUUGUAUGAAAUCAAGAAAUCCAAUUUCACAAGUCCUUCACAUUUAAAAAAAAUAAACGACAUCUGUGCAUUUGACUGAUGGCUGGCUGUGGCUAGAGUGAUCUUUAAACGUGUAAAGUUCCUUUAUCACUUGCUGCAGUACAAGUUUGGGGUGGAUUAUGUAAUCUUAAAUAUAACUUUGUGGGGCACGUGUGAAAGCUUAGCCAUCGUGUACUAGAGUGCUGUGCCACUGCAAGAGCUGUAGAAGCCUAUCGGGGAGCUUGGACUCCUAGCAGGCACAUGAACAUUGGAACCUUCAUUUACCUGUGAAGAAUGAAACUGAAUAUUGUAUUUAAAUAAUGUAUUAAGGUUUGAGGUAACUCAGCAAGCCUCUUAUGCUAGCCCAGGGGCUCACUUCAUGCUUCUGACUAGUGUGUGCAUCCACUCCCCCUUUUUUUUCCUCUAAACAGAGUGGGGAGAAAUCUUUGUCCAUUCUCUAUAGCUUGGAUUAGCUGCUGAGAAGGCUCUUGUAUUGAGGCUUUUAUGAAACAGAUUCAUUGUGUAGCUUGUACUAUACUUUGGGAUAGCUUGUUAAAGGAGAACAUGCAAAUUUAAAAUCUCUUCUAAUGGAUCUUUAUGCUGUUGAUGAAAGAUAAAGUAGUAAGAUCUGGAUUUAUGCUCAAGCCUUAAGCAGAAUGAUAGUUUUCAAAUACCAUCACUGUGAUGACAGACUAUAUAUAUUCAGAUUCUGGGACAGUGGAAUGACCCAGAGGUCACCCUACUUACAAUGGUCCAAUCUCUCAUUCAAUAGGUUUUUUUGCUUGCCUCAGAGAUUUUUCCCAUUUUAAAAAUAUCCCUGAUGAAACAUGAAUCUCUUCCAAACUUUUGUGUAGUGAGGAGGGAUUGCUGCUCUCUUUCCUUUCAGCACUAGCAUCAAUGAGAUGUUCCCUAUGACCAUGGAUAUGGUGAUUUGUAAUCUAGGACAUACCCUAAAGAUCAGUUUACUGCACUGACACCUUUUCUUGCACUGUUCCUCUUCCCGUAUUCACAAAUAACCCAGUAGUGGAUUUGGAAGAGAUUUAGAUGUUACAGCAAACUGCUCUACAGGGAUCAUUGAAACUAAAAAAAUGCCUUCCUGAAUUGCUGCAUAAGCAAGUCCCCACUUCAUGGACACUAGGAAGAGAAUGUGGGUGAAUAAAAAGGAUUGUUCUCUUGCAUAGCUGUGUUAAGACCCUUUGGGGCUGGAUGUGGUACCCAGGUUUCCUGAAAGCCUGUGGGUGCGAUGGACUAAAUCUGUAGAAUCAAGCUAUUAAUCUGUAGGAAAUAACCAGUUGAAUAGGCGCUUCACUGGAACAGGAUUAAUACGAUCAGUUUCAUGCAGACAGUGAAAUUCCAUAAUCUUUCCUCAGACAUGGGCUUGAGCAGUUCUCCAGCUAGUAAAAUCUAUUUUAAGAUUGUUAAACAUGCUCAGUGUCUAAAUUUUUAAUGUACUAGUCUCAAUUCUAUUUGAAAUUGGAUCUACAGCCAAGGGAAGGCAGCAACUUUUGGGGACAGCCUUGGAGAAAGUCCCACACUGUUUUUCCUUAUUCCUUAACUUUGUGUCUCAUCAGGCUUGCUCUGUCUAGUCUUGUGAGGUUUUUUUUUUUUUUUUUUUUAAUGUAUCCCUUCCACAGACCGAUUCUGUGUGGAAGUCUGUAUGAAGAGAGUUCCAAAGCCACCUAUGAUCACUUAACGGAUGAGGGACACGUCACCCAUCUGAAGUAUUACAUGCACUAGAUUACUGUUAGGUUUGGUGUGAAGACCAUACAUCCUUCUGGGAUAGCCAAAUUAGGGAUCAGGCUCCAUCUUUUUGCUAUAGAAAUGCAGCCCUAAAAUCAGAGGUAAGAUCUUGAUUCAUCCAUAGUCAGUCUCCUGAUGUGAGUCACUUGCAAAACCAAGGUUUUUCUUGCUCUACACAUUACCUCAGGAUCUUGUAAAAGAAAUGGAGUAGUUCUCUGCAUUGGAACGUCUUCCAUUCAUUGCAGAAUGAAGAUGCAUUUGGAUCUGCUUUGCAAGACUCUUUUUAAAUGGCAGGCUUGUUUAUUUUGGGGACCGAAAUAGAAGUGGAAUGAAACAACUACCUAAAACGUGUGGUGAAAGCUAUGGUGGUAGUAAGGAUGACUUCUUGCUUAGAUUGACUCUACCAUCUUGGUGCUAUGAGAGAGCUUGCUUCUGUCUCUGAAAGCAAGAACCGUUCGUACACAAAGCAGUCAAGUAUUGUUGGAAUUACAACUCAAAUCUUCCUUUAGCACCAAAAGAAACUGCAAUUUAGGCCAAGGCACCUACUAAGAUAUUGUUCCUUCCUGUAAUUAGCUUGAUAACUUUUAUGGAAAAUGGUGGAUUAUUGGUUUACCAAAAAAUUCUUGCACAACCUUCCUAACACAAUCGGAUGUUGGGAGAAGGGCAUCACUUCAUGCUGUCUUCUGAAUUGGAACUUUAUGCCUGAUAGUAGGGAACAAGUUUGGCUUUUAGGUUGCUGCUCUUGCAGAGUACAGAAGAAUCCAUGCUGAUGCCACCCUUUGUUGAAUUAUGCCUGAUAUCUGUAGAUAAGCUCUCCACAAACACUUGUCUGUGGUGUGCAUUUAACAAACAUUCUCCUCCCCCUCCCCUGCAUGUAAGCUACUUCUAUUUUUUCUCAGCUCUCAGAAGUUCCAUGUGGAUCUACAAGAGCUAUUGAAACUUAGGCAUUCACCUAGUGGGUCUACUUUUUAAACAGUGUAUGACCGCCUUUUCUAGCAGUAUUCCAUUGCAUGCCAUGGCUGCACUACAGACCAUACGAACCCAUUCAGUUAACCUCAAUGCCACUUUUGUGCUGUCAGCAGUCUGGGCAUCUUGAACCUCGUAGGUCUGGUGUUUGUUUCAUACACUUAUCUUCUGGGAGUCUGGACUGUUAUCUUAGGUGCUCCCAAAAUACUAUGAAAGCUAUUUUACUUCCUGCACACUAUAUUGCUUAGUAAUUGUGUGCAUUUAGCAUAUCUCCAGUUACGGUAUUACCCAACGAAUGCUAGCUAGAAAAACUAGCUUUACCAUUCUCAUUGUGUAUGGACUUCUGAUAUUGACAGUACCUUUUUUAAGGUUACCUUGAAUAACAGUACUGUAAACUAGAGAAAGCAAUAUCAACACAGACUGUCAGGGAUAAUUUGAGGAAGGAUCCUCAAGCAUGCAAUUACACCAGUUAAAUGCUAGUGUUUGGGGUGUUGUACUGGAGAACUGAUACAAUGGACUUUUUCCAAGUAGUCAGCCAGUUAUCCUAGAUUCAUUACUUUAUUCUGUCACAUCGUAACUUGGAAUAAAAAACCCCUAAAGUGCUUCAAGACCUGUCUCUUCAAUCCUAUGCUGCAUUAAACAGCACAACCUCUUCUCUCAGCAGCUAUCUUGGCAUGUUCUGACAAUCCAGCAGGCCAGUUAGCAUGCAUGAAUAUUCUUACCUUCUUUAAUGGGUGUAGUAAAACUUCUGCUGCAUUAGUGUGUGAACCGACAUGUAAGGAGAUUAUAAAGCUGCAGUAAUGGAAAACAAGAUACAUAGAUGUACAGUACUAAAAAUUGGUCCAAAUUCUGUUAACUGGCCUAAAUCCAAACUGACUUCAGCUGUUGCAAACUACUAGUGAUGCCUAAGCAAACUACUACUUUCUCUUUACUAAAGUGUAAAUUCUUUGGCAAUCAAAAUAGUCUUUGGACUGCCCACAGUGGGUGCAUUUCUGUCUCAAGUGGAGUUUGGAAUCUUCUCAGCCAAAUGCACAGACUUAAAUCUCUUCAUCCUUGGUUACAUUUCCUAUUCUGUAAGCACUGAGGCCUGUAUGCCAUGCUGUAAUGUAGCAUUAGGGCUGACCUUGCAUUCUUGACAGUGACCUCAUUCUGGAAACUGAAUUGCAUCAGACUAAUGGAGUAGGCAUCUCCAGGUUAAGGAGAUGGUGGGGGGAGAGGUAGCUGAUUUAUAUCAGAAUGAUCCCUUUGGAAUUACUCAUUGGAAUCCGUUUUAGGGAAAAGCAUUCCAGACUUCUAGUAUCUCCAUCUGUUAAAGCAUUAGAAUUAAAUUAGAACUUUAGUAGAGUGAAUAGCCUUCUCCUUUGACCCUACGUUAAGGUAAUCUUUUAAUACUUUAUCACUUCAGUUAGGGCCUAAGAUUUCAUCCUUUUACUGGGUGGAGCUUGGGCUUCUUCAGUUGACCUAGAGCAAAUAAGCUGUCUGUAUCAUGUGAACUUGAUUUUUGAGACGUAGACAUCCUCUUUCCAUUUUAAGGUUUAAGUCUGUACUUGAUGUCUUACACAAUACACACCUGUACUCAAACAUGCAGCAGCUGUCUGACACAGAAGUAGUGUGGUGACUUUGAAAAGAUCCCUAAAGUAGGUAGAGCUCCAUCUGAAUCCUACUUUCCUUCAUUAGAAGUGCAGAUCUAGUUCUGUAGUAAACCUGGAUUCCUGCUUGCCAUUUCACUGUGUAAUACAUGGGAGGAUAAAUGAAAGGUACACUCUUUAAUUUUUUUUUACCAGCACAGGUCUAUGCAAACUCCAAAACUAAAUGAAAUAUGUCUUAAAUAUAAGAUCUGGCCUUCUGGGACUAGUGUAAUGAGAAGGGAUAUGUGUAGCUAGAGGUCUGACUAGUGAACUGGAUAAAAGACUAUUAGAGUGAAUAGUAUUUUGUAAAUUUUCCUCAUCUUCUCUGGAUCCCUCCUUGGAACAAUCCAGGAACCUUAAAAACUUAAGGGGUUUUUAAAGGAAACUUAUAGGCCUUAGGACUGGCAAUUAAAAGGCUUAUUCUGCUGCAGUAACUGUUUUAAGCACUAACUCAUAUGAAACAAACCUUUGGUGUGGAACUGGUACUAUGUCCUUAACACCCCACCGCUUUAAUCAGUUCAUGGUUGGGUUGUUAUGCAGCCACUAGUGAGCAUGGCACAAAUGGGAGGAACAGUAUACAGCUGUUUAUCCAGUUCAAAUCUGGGAACAGGAGUUCAGGCUAUAGUCCCAUCAACAGCCAAGAGUGAUUCAACCUACUUUAAAAAAAGAAACCCAAACAUUUCUUUCAUAAAAGCUGAACAAUCCUGGCUAUUUCUCCAAUGUGUGGCCCUUUGGAGGUACAUUAUAGCUGUACCUGGGUUGGUAGGCCUUGUGAGGAUACACACUUGCUUUUAGUGUGAUGUGUACAGAUAAAAGAUAUCUAUACACAUUGACUUGAAAAUGUAUCUAAGUUGCCAACACUGUAAUAGAUACAAGAUGCAAAAUAAAAAGUCUGUUCCAAAGCUGA